AAUGGCGGGGUCCAGGGAGCACUUCCCUAGUCCCGGCUGGUGCCUGUAGAUCAGGCGCUGGGAAGGUGCGGCUGUGCGGAGGGAGGGAGAUGUCAUCGCCUUUCCCUGGCAGGGGCACCCCUGCCACGCUCCGCGGGGUCUCUCUCAGCCAGCGAGGCACUGCGCUCAUCCCCAGCACCAUGGUGAGGAAUGUGGACGACUUUGACUUCUGCCUGCCUUCACAUGCCCAGGGCAUGCUGGAGGGGCUGCAGCGGCUGCGCUCCAACCCCAAGUUGGCAGAUGUGACGCUGGUGGCGGGCGGGCGGGAGUUCCCCUGCCACCGCGGCAUCCUGGCCCUCUGCAGCCACUACUUCUAUGCCAUGUUCUCCGGUGACUUCGCCGAGAGCAUUGCAGCACGGGUGGAGCUGAAAGAGGUGGACGCUGGUGCCCUGGAGAUGCUGCUCGACUUUGCCUACACGGGGAAGGUCACCAUCAACCAGGACAACGUGGAGGGGCUGAUGCGAACCUCCAGCCAGCUGCACUUCCCCACUAUCCAGACGGUCUGCAGCCGCUACCUCCGGCAGCAGAUGGAUGCCACCAACUGCCUAGGUAUCUGCGAGUUCGGCGAGAGCCACGGCUGCCCUGAGGUCUCCUCCAAGGCCUGGUCUUUCUUGCAGGAGAACUUUGAAGCUGUUUCUCUGCAGGAGGAGUUCCUCCAGCUCUCCAAGGAGAGGUUGGCUGUCUACCUCUCCAAGGACCAGCUACAGGUGCAGGAGGAGCAGAGCCUGGCUGAGGCUGUGCUGCGCUGGGUACGCCAUGACCCAGGGUCCCGAGCCCAGUUCCUUCCUGAGCUGCUGGAGCUGGCUCACCUCGUCUUGCUGCCUGACCAGUACCUGCAGAACCUGCUUACCACUGAGCCCCUUAUCCGUGACUCAGAUGCCAGCAAGGCCCUUGUCACACGAUCCCGCACCACGGGCCAGAGUGAUGCUGGUGCGCAGAACUCCCCCACCUCACUGCAGAAGCUGGAGGAGGUGCUGGUGGUGGUUGGUGGCCGCGUGCUGGAAGAGGGUGAGGAUGAGGACAGGGGGCUGCAGAUGCCGGCCACCCCCAGGAACUUUGCCUUUUACAACCCCAAAAGUAGGCGAUGGAUGGCUCUGCCAGAUUUCCCCGAUUACAACAAAUGGGGCUUUUCCCUGGUGGCUCUCAACAACGAUGUUUAUGUCACAGGUGGUUCCCGUGGGUCCCAGAAUGACACAUGGUCAACAACCCAGGCCUGGUGCUUCUGCCCCAGGGACGGUGCCUGGAAGCCCAUUGCUUCCAUGCUGAAAGCCCGGACAAACCACACCAGUGCCAUCCUCAAUGGCGAGAUCUAUGUUAUUGGGGGGACGACGGUGGACGUGGUGGAGGUGGAGCGCUAUGACCCAUACAACAAGAGCUGGUGUGCCAUCAGCCCGGCCCUCAAGUAUGUGAGCAAUUUUGCAGCAGCCAGCUGCUUGAGCAAGCUCUACCUGGUGGGUUCCUGUGCCGUCAAGUACAAUGCACUCACCCUGCAGUGCUACAACCCUGUGCAAGAUUUGUGGAGUGUGAUCACAUCCCCCUUCAUCCCCAAAUACCUCUCUGCCCCACGCUGUGCCACCCUGCGCGGGCUCAUCUACCUUAUCGGGGACAACACCAAGAAGGUCCACGUGUAUGACCCAGAGGCCAACAUCUGGCAGAAGGUGCAGCUCCUCCACACGCUCCACGAGAAUGGCGGGAUGGUAGCAUUGGGCGACCGGCUCUUCGUCACCGGCGGCCACUGGAAGGGCAUGAACGGGGACUACCGGGUGGAAAUGGAGGUGUACGACUGCACCAAGGACCUCUGGACACGGGAGGGCUCCCUGCCCUGCCUGUGGCUCUUCCACAGCUCCUCCUCCAUCUUCAUGGACACCUCCAAGUGGACAGAGGCUUUCCAGGGUGACCAUAGGUAGCAGGAGAGCCUACAGCACUGACUGUCACCCUGUGCAGCUGCUCUUUCCCCUCUUGCCUCUUCUCUCUGCCAGCUCAGCUCUGCAGAGUGAAGGGGAGACAGAAACCCCUCUGCCGAGCUGACCAGGGCAUCAGGUGCAUAUGUAUCCCCCUGCCCAGCCACCACUGGGAAAAGGCUUUUCCUUAUAAAGAUGCUUUGGCUAACUCUC